AUGGCCGCGCCAGGUUCUGCGCUGCGGCGCACAGCGCUCACUUCCUCGUCGCUGCUAAGGGCAAGAGUGAUCCCCGCUACCCGAAUUCAGGCUACACACACCUUUCGCGCCGGCUGUUGUCCUGUCCUGUCCUCCCAUUUCCCGACGCCACAAUCCCUCUCCCAAACCCGGCAUAGUUCCUACUCCACACCAUCAUCAGGGAAUGGAAAGGCGCGGAAGAAGGUUACUAUUCAGACGCUACAGAAUCUGCACAAAAAGGGGGAGCCAAUUACGAUGCUCACGGCGCAUGAUUUUCCCAGUGCUCAUGUGGCCGAUGCGUCGGGGAUGGAUAUGGUCUUGGUUGGGGAUAGUUUAGGAAUGGUAGCGCUUGGACUUGAAAACACGACGGAGGUCAUUAUGGAAGAGAUGAUUCUUCAUUGUCGGAGCGUAGCGCGCGCAACGAAAGCCGCGUUUAUUGUCGGAGAUCUACCGAUGGGGUCAUAUGAAGUGUGCGCAGAGCAAGCUAUCGAGUCAGCUUUGCGUCUGAUUAAGGAAGGCCGCGUACACGGCGUCAAGCUCGAAGGUGGCGAGGAACUUGCGCCCACAAUCAAGCGCAUAACACAAGCCGGCGUGCCUGUAGUAGGCCAUGUCGGUCUUACGCCGCAGCGUCAGAAUGCCCUCGGUGGCUUCCGUGUGCAGGGCAAGACCGCUGUCAGUGCGAUGAGGCUGCUGCGCGAUGCCCUAGCUAUGCAAGAGGCUGGCGCGUUUAUGCUUGUGCUUGAGGCAAUCCCGUCUGAGGUUGCGUCGAUCAUCACGCAGAAGCUGCAGAUUCCGACUAUCGGUAUUGGCGCUGGGAAUGGCUGUUCCGGGCAGGUUCUGGUGCAGGUUGACAUGACUGGGAAUUUCCAGCCUGGUCGGUUCGUGCCGAAGUUUGUUAAGCAGUACGCGGAUGUUUGGGAUGAGGCUGCCCGUGGAAUCUCGCUGUAUAGGGAUGAGGUUAAGAGCCGGGCGUUCCCUUCGAAGGAAUACACGUAUCCCAUUGCGAAGGAUGAGCUCGAUGAGUUCCAGAAAACGGUGGACGAGGUCUUCCGGGAAUCAUGA